AUGGAAGUUAAAAAAAAAAUAGCUUCCAUUGCUACAACUAAUAUAAUAGCUCUCCAAACUUAUUUAAUGCACAUUAGAAGUAUAAUAAUAUUACGUAUUUUACAAAAUGAGCAUCAAAUUAAACUUAUCAUUAACAAUCUUUUAGGAAAAAAAAACUUUCGCCUUAAAAAGCUUAAGGACAAAAUGUUAAGAAAAAAUAGUAUAAAUCCCCGUAGCUGUUGGUACAAACUUGGACGGUCUGAUAAGUGGUGGGAAAACAUGAUAACUGGUGGUUCUCCAGAAAUUUGCUGGGUUAAAAAUUUUAGAUUGUCAAAAAGUGCAUUUAUGGAUUUGGCCGAACAACUUAAACCAUACAUAGCCCCUAAUCCGAAAUCCCCUAAUUAUAGAGCUUUGAGCACAGAAAAAAAGCUUGCAAUUACUCUAUACUAUCUUAAAGAUACUGGUUCUUUAUUAAUGACAGCCAACUGUUUUGGGAUUGCAGUAAAUACCGUCUCUUCAAUUAUUACACAAGUGUGCGAAAACAUUGUUUAUCACCUAGGACCAAUCUAUAUAUCUCUACCGAAAACAGAAACCGAAAUGAGACAAAAGGUAGCUGAGUUUGAAUCCAAGUUUAAUAUGAUUCAAGCAUUUGGUUGUAUAGACGGUACACAUGUGCCAAUAGCCUGUCCUGUUGAAAACUCUCAGGAUUAUUUUUGUUAUAAACAAUAUUAUUCCAUGAAUGUUCAAGCAGUAUGUGAUUAUAAAGGAAUGUUUAUGCGUUUGGCCUGGAAGUGUUCACGAUAG